GGAAGAAAUCUUGCAAGCCAAAUCUCCUUCACCUCCUGCCCCCCCCCACCCCACCCUAGUCUGCUCCCCUUUCUUCAACUUACCUGAGUGCUUCUCCUACAUUCUCUUUGGUGACUACAAUCUUCUGUGUCCCUCCUCUAGGAUGGCAGAGAAUGAACUGCAGAAACAGAGACUUCAAGCCAUAGUAGAAAAAAGGCAAAGGCAGAUGGCAAUUGAAAACAAACGACACCAGCUCGAGGAUAAAAUACUUCAGCUGCAGCAUCACAAGUCCAAAGCCAUGCGAGAGAGGUGGCUGCUGCAAGGAAUCCCUGCCUCAUCACCGGAAGAGGAGGAAGCAAGGACCAAGCAGGUCCAGGCAGAUGAGAACAAAGCAAAGAAAUUGGAGGAAGCCAUUCGCAGACUCGAGGUGGAAAUAGAACAAUUGGAGAGCGAGGAAUCCCAGAUCGCUGCCAAGGAGCAAGUCAUUCUGGAAAAGCUGAGGGAAGCUGAGAAAUCCAUUGAGGACCUGCAGAAGAGUUUCUCCAAACCUGAUGGGGCAAUGUAUGCCAUGGAGAUCAGCGUAGAAAAGGACAAGCUAACAGGGGAAUCCAAGGUCCUCUCUACAACUCCCGUGGGCACUGAGGGAGUCCACCAGAGAGGGGUAAAGGUUUACGACGAUGGCAACAAGGUUAUGUACGAGGUAUGUUCUGGAGGUGCGGUGGUGGAGAAUGGGGUUCAUCACUUAACUACGUCAGAGGUGGACCAGCUGAUACACAGAACAGGGAGAACGAAUGUGGUCAGUAAAUGUGUGUCGGAAGUACUGACUGUGUCGGAGAGCAGUGCGUCGCCAGACGAUUCGCGGAGUGGCGGAGAUAGCGGACUGAGGAAGGACAUGGUUGUGAAGGAAGUCCGGCACAAGGCUGGUCAAGCGGGGAAGGUGGUCCAGCCGAUCCCUCCAGGGGAAGCUCCCAAGGCCAGCGAAGACCAUCCAGUGACAAUGAUCUUCAUGGGCUACCAGAAUGUGGAGGACCAGGAGGAAACCAACAAGCUGCUGGGCUACGAGGGCAGCAUGCAGGCUGAGCUAGUGCUGAUUGACGAAGAUGACGAGAAGUCGUUGCGUGAGAAGACUGUGACAGACGUCUCGACAACGGACGGCAAUGCUGCAGAACUGGUGGCCGGCAAGUCCAUGACCGAGGCCUCCGAGACCCUCUCAGCGGAGGAGAAUGAAGGGACAGACACUGCGAUGGAACCAGUCGCAGGUACAGACAAGAAAAAGCGCUGUAAGUGCUGUACUGUCAUGUGACCGCAUCUCAAGGCUUUGUGGUCACACUGUCUCUCACUGACUUUAACCUCAUUUUACUAAUCACACUGCCUGUACUGUGAACUGGGAGGGACCUUCCUUAAUCCACUGGAAACCUCCUCAUGAAUGCUCAACCAACUAUGGUCUGAGCCACACUAGGACCUUGUCCUUUGAGUUUGACAUGGAACAUACACCACAAAAACAAGUCAUUCAACACCACAGUCCAUAUCAGUGUUUAUGCCCCAUUUAGGACCUGCCCCCUUCCAACUCUCACCCUCUCAGUACAUUUAUUCCCUCCUCCCACAUCUUGGAACUACGUUUUCUCAUGCAACCAUGUCAUGUUAGAAUGACCUAAUUUUAAUCACUAACAGGGUGAAGAAGUUUCCCCUGAAUUCAUUAUUGGGUUUAUUAACGCCUUUCUUACAGUGAUGUUUGUGGUUUCUUAGAUAAAUGAUCACAAACGUCAAUAACACGAAGACUAAAAUUUUAAAGAAAAGGAUAGAAUAACAAUAGCCAGUUAAUGUUACAACAAAAUUCAUGGAUAAAACAUAAUUUUGCAAUAAGCUUUUCAUUCUGGUUUUUCUGUGCCGAAAUCUAAUCACAAACAUUUCAAUUUUUGCCAUUUGUUUCCUGAACAACUUCCUUUCCUGAAGUCUUUAUUCUUUUUAAGUGUCAAUUCAUACACAUUAACAUUUUAUCCUACAAUGCAAGCAGGCAUUUGUAUAUAUCAUCCUUCAUUCCAGUUCAAAAGGCUUCCUGGUUUCCUUCAUAUUUACUGAGGUUUCUGCCCCUGGUUUGGCAGUCAAUUAUAUAGUGGCUUCUAGGUGACCACAAGGUUAACUGCUCACCUAAACUGUGAUCUUUAGAGUAUGGACUCGCCACAUCAGGCUUCUGUCCCCCGUAAUGCCUCAUGCCCAGUAACUCUGAUAUCAGCAAGAGCUCAAUCAAACUGGAGAUAAACAGCAAAUCAGGAAAUAAAAAUCGCUAAUUAUCAAUAAACAUUUAACAAUUUGCAAAGGGUCACUUAAAGUUAGACCGUAUACAUAGAAUAAGGAAAAAGCUGAAACAUCAUAAACGAUAUUUUAAAUAUAUAUAUAAUUUUGUGUCAUUUUAAAAAGAUGGGCAUUUUGAAAUAACUAGCAAAGAGAAUGACAAUCCACACAUUUAACAUUGGUUUUUAGGCUCAGAAAGGCUUCUUUUACCAUAAUUGAUUUAUUAUGCUGUUAAACACUCAGUUAAUUCUCAAUCUAAAGUAUUGGCAACUAUCUGAAGAACUUGUCAAUUCACCGAUUUCUGGUGAAAGCAGCAAUGAUGUUUACUGCGGAUAUUACUGAAAGCAACUUCUAGAUGUCUGUGCUUUACGCAGUGUGUGUGUGUACCCCAGGAGAUGGGGUCAGAUUUCUUUCAUCGUAGCAUCAAUAUCUUCACUAUUAUUCGCAUCCAGUGAAGCAAUCUAUACUCUUCAGUCCUUGCUUCCACUUAGAAGUUGCUGAAAUGACAUUGCACAUAAGACCAAUGCAGGCUAGUUUCAAAUGAACAAAAGCAAUCCCAGCGUAAAGAUGCAGAGUGUUCUGGUUUGAGGUGGAAUGAGAAGUGCCAGCAAGGGAAUGAGAUAGAGGGAUAUCUUCCUUCCCCUGGUUUGACUUUCUGCUCUUGCUAAGUAGAUGUAUGCUAUCUGGGGUAAUGGAGCUUUGAAGCUGAGAGUUGUAAAUUCAAUUUCCGGUCAGUGUUGGAUUUUUCUCACCUGAAAUACCACCCUUGCUGGAGCUGCAGCAGUUGGCAAAAAAUAGUUGCUCAACUAACUUUGAUUUACCAGUCCUGAUUGCUGGCCGGAAACCCUGCUAAAGUGUACUGAUGCAUGGACAUAAAGCCAAUGAAGGAUCCAUAUAUGUUCAGGAGAAGCCCUGUGUAAAAUUACCAUGGGAAACCAAUAAAAGUGAAAGUGAGGAGAAUUGCUGGCUCCAUAUGGAACGUCUUGCACUGAUAAGCAAAUACAGGGUCUACCCAUGGAUUGUGAGUGUUAGCUGAAUGUAUGGUGUAUAAGCUGUUGCCCAGGAGUGCCACUAUAUUGUCAACUAUUUAUUUCCUAAAACCAUUAUCCAUUAAGCAAUAGUAGACAUAUUUUCUUUUUUUGGUCAUUAACGUACCUUUUAAAACAAUCAACGUUUGUUAAUGUUCAAAAAGUGUUGCAAAUAGUGCAGUGUCACCAGACAAUAAUCACAGCAAUACAUUGAAUGUCAGCAUGAGAUUUCCAAAUCCCUUUUUGCUGCAGACGGAUAAUUGACAUAUUGUGCAAAUCUGUAUCCAUUUUCACAGAAAGCCCGUAUAUAAAUCCCUAAAGAUGGAUAUCUUGUUAUGACGUCCCCUUGGGUAAUUAUUAUACAAUUAUUCUAUUCAACAGCAACUUACAAGAAUUACCCCUACAGCUGCCCUUACUUUAACUGAGGUUCACUCCAAAGCAGCGAAUAGAUGGAUUGGGAAAAAAAGGCAACUGCUAAAAAGUUUAACUCCAUACUCAACGGGCUUUGUAUAUGAGUCACUAAUAAUUGGAAAAAGA